AUGAAUAUCAUAAUAUGGCAUAUGAUUUGUAACUUCGUAUUCUGCUGUGACGGUUAAUUUUUAGAUUAUUCACUGGUACGAAAACAAGCAGAAGAGAUCGCUGGAUAACAAGAAAGAAGCGCUGUUCGAUCCGUCGACAGACCGGGGGACUAUUUAUAACUUGAAACCGUUCAAAACCAAUUACGCCAAGGUGUUGGUUUACAAUGGAGCUUACGAUGGACCCGCCAGCGAGCCAAUCAAGUUCAAUAUGCCAGAAGGAGGUAGGAUAUGCUUCAGUGAUAUUUCGCGUAACUAGUU